AUGGGCCUGUGGGGCAUACUUUGUUUUUUAAUCUUCGUGGGGAAAAGUUGGGGACAGGAACAAACGUAUGUCAUUUCAGCACCAAAAGUAUUCUGUGUUGGAGCAUCUGAAAAUAUUGUAAUUCAAGUUUAUGGAUACACUGAAGAAUUUGAUGCAACAAUCUCUAUCAAAAGUUAUCCUGACAAAAAAUUUACUUAUUCUUCAGGCCAUGUUACUUUAUCCACAGUAAAUAAAUUCCAAAAUUCUGCACUCUUAACAAUACAACCCAAACAAUUGUCUGGAGGACAAGACCCAGUUUCACAUGUGUAUUUGGAUGUUGUAUCAAAGCAUUUUUCAAAAUCAAAAAAAAUGCCAGUAACCUAUGACAAUGGAUUCCUCUUCAUUCAUACAGACAAACCUGUUUACACUCCACACCAGUCAGUAAAGGUUAGAGUUUAUUCACUGAAUGAUGACUUGAAGCCAGCCAAAAGAGAAACGUUCUUAACUUUCAUAGAUCCUGAAGGAUCAGAAGUUGACAUGGUAGAAGAAAAUGAUUAUACUGGAAUUAUCUCUUUUCCUGACUUCAAGAUUCCAUCUAAUCCUAAAUAUGGUGUGUGGACAAUUCGAGCUAAAUAUAAAGAAGACUUUUCAACAACUGGAACCACACAUUUUGAAAUUAAAGAAUAUGUGCUGCCACACUUUUCUAUCUCAAUAGAAACAGAAAAUAAUUUCAUUGGUUAUAAGGACUUUAAUAAUUUUGAAAUUACUAUAAAAGCAAGAUAUUUUUAUAAUAAAGUCAUCAACGAGGCUGACGUUUAUAUCUCUUUUGGAAUAAGAGAAGACUUAAAAGAUAAUCAAAAAGAAAUGAUGCAAAAAGCAAUGCGAAGCACAAUGUUAAUAAAUGGAAUUGCUCGAGUCACAUUUGACUCUGAAACAGCAGUUAAAGAAUUGUCCUAUGGAAGUCUAGAAGAAUUAAACAACAAGUACCUUUAUAUUGGUGUGACAGUGAUAGAGUCUACAGGUGGAUUUUCUGAAGAAGCAGAAAUUCCUGGCAUCAAAUAUGUCCUUUCUCCCUACAAACUGAAUUUGGUUGCUACUCCUCUUUUUGUGAAGCCUGGGAUUCCAUUUUCUGUCAAGGUGCAGGUUAAGGAUUCACUUGACCAUUUGGUAGGAGGGGUCCCGGUGACCCUGAGUGCACAAAUUAUCGAUGUAAACCAGGAGACAUCUGACUCGGAGUCAAAGCAAAGUGUAACACGUUCCAGUGAUGGAGUAGCUUCUUUUGUGGUGAAUCUCCCAUCUGAAGUGACGGUGCUGGAGUUUAAAGUCAGGACCGAGGACCCAGAUCUUCCAGAAGAAAAUCAGGCCAGCGAAGAUUACCAAGCAAUAGCAUAUUCAUCUCUCAGCCAAAGUUAUCUUUAUAUUGACUGGACUGAAAACUAUAAACCUUUGCUUGUGGGAGGACAUUUGAAUAUUGCUGUUACCCCCAGAAGUCCCUAUAUUGACAAAAUAACUCACUAUAAUUACUUGAUUUUAUCCAAGGGCAAAAUCGUUCACUUUGGCACAAGGGAUAAACUUUCAGAUUCAGAUUAUCAAAGUAUAAACAUUCCAGUGACACAGAACAUGGUUCCUUCAGCUCGUCUCCUGGUCUAUUACAUUGUUACAGGAGAACAGACCGCAGAAUUAGUGUCUGACUCAGUCUGGUUAAAUAUUGAAGAAAAGUGUGGCAACCAGCUCCAGGUUCAUCUGUCUCCAAGUACAGAUACAUAUUCCCCUGGCCAACAUGUAUCUCUUAAUAUGGAAACUGAGUUGGAUUCCUGGGUGGCUUUAAUGGCAGUGGACAGUGCUAUAUAUGGGGUGCAAAGGACAGCCAAGAAACCCCUGGAAAGAGUAUUUCAAACAUUAGAGAAGAGUGACCUGGGCUGCGGGGCAGGUGGUGGACGCAACAGUGCAGAUGUAUUCCACCUGGCUGGACUCGCCUUCCUCACCAACGCAAACACAGAUAACUCCCAAGAAAAUGAUGAACCUUGUAAAGAAAUUCUGAGGCCAAAAAGAAUGCUGCAAAAGAAGAUAGGGGAAGAAGCUGCUAAAUACAAAUUUGCAAAGCUGAAGAAAUGUUGUUAUGAUGGAGCCUUUCGUAAUGAUGAUGAAAGCUGUGAGCAGCGAGCCGCUCGGAUUAAGAUAGGCCCAAGGUGCGUCAAAGCUUUCAAGGACUGUUGUGCCAUCGCAAGCCAGUUCCGUGCUGAAGAGUCUCAUAAAAAUAUCCAAUUGGGAAGGCAACAUAUAAAGACUCUUUUACCAGUAACCAAACCAGAAAUAAGGACUUAUUUUCCAGAAAGCUGGUUAUGGGAAGUUCAUCAUGUCCCCAAAAGAAACCGGUUGCAGUUUGUGCUACCUGAUUCUCUAACUACCUGGGAAAUUCAAGGUGUUGGCAUUUCAAAUAGUGGUAUAUGUGUUGCUGAUACUCUCAAGGCAAAGGUGUUCAAAAAUGUCUUCCUGGAAAUGAAUAUACCAUAUUCUGUUGUACGAGGGGAACAGAUCCAACUGAGUGGAACUGUUUACAACUAUAGAACGUCUGGAAUUCUGUUCUGUGUUAAAAUGUCUCCUGUGGAGGGAAUCUGUUCAUCGGGAAGCCCAGACAUUGACCCUCAGGGGAAAAGUUCCUCCAAAUGUCUGCCCCAGAGAAUAGAGGGCUCCUCUAGCCACUUGGUGACCUUCAGCGUGCUUCCUCUGGAAAUAGGCCUCCACAACAUCAGCUUCUCACUGGAGACUUCUGUUGGAAACGAAAUCUUAAUAAAAACAUUACGAGUGGUGCCGGAAGGUGUCAGAAGGGAAAGUUAUGCUGGCACGACUCUGGACCCAAAGGGUAUCUACGGUGUCAUUAGUAGACGAAAGGAGUUCCCAUACAGGUUACCAUUGGAUUUGGUCCCCAAAACAAAAAUCAAAAGGAUUGUGAGUGUAAAAGGACUGCUUAUAGGUGAGGUCAUGUCUGCAGUUCUGAGUCAGGAAGGCAUUGAUAUCCUUACCCACCUCCCCAAAGGGAAUGCAGAGGCAGAACUGAUGAGCACUGUCCCAGUAUUCUAUGUUUAUCACUACCUGGAAGCAGGAAAUAAUUGGAACAUUUUUUCUGCUAACUCAUUAACUCAAAAACAGAACUUGAAGAAAAAAUUAAAAGAAGGGAUGGUGAGCAUCAUGUCCUUCAGGAAUACUGACUAUUCUUACAGCAUGUGGAAGGGUGGAAGUGCUAGCACUUGGUUAACAGCUUUUGCUUUAAGAGUACUUGGACAAAUAAGUAAAUAUAUAGAUCAGAACCAAAAUUUAAUUUGUAAUUCUUUAUUGUGGCUGGUUGAGAAUUGUCAACUAGAAAAUGGAUCGUUCAAGGAAAAUUCCGACUAUCAACCAAUAAAAUUACAGGGUACCUUGCCCACUGAAGCCCGAGAGAAAACUUUAUAUCUUACAGCCUUUGCUGUGAUUGGAAUUAGAAAGGCCUUUGAUAUAUGCCCUCUGGAGAAAGUCAGCACAGCUGUAACUAAAGCUGACACCUUUCUGCUUGAAAAUACCCUCUCGACCCAGAGUACUUUUACACUGGCCAUUGCUGCUUUUGCCCUUUCCCUGGGAGAUAAAACACACCCACAGUUUCGUUCAAUUGUCUCAGCCCUGAAGAAGGAAGCUUUGGUUAAAGGUAAUCCACCAAUAUAUCGUUUUUGGAAAGAUGAUCUUCAACAGAAAGACAGCUCUGCACCUUAUACCGGCACAGCACGCAUGGUAGAAACCACGGCCUAUGCCUUACUUACCAGCCUGAGCUUGAAAGACAUGAAUUACGUUAAUCUAAUCAUCAAAUGGCUAUCAGAAGAGCAGAGGUAUGGAGGUGGCUUUUAUUCGACCCAGGAUACAAUUAAUGCCAUUGAGGGCCUGACAGAGUAUUCACUCCUGGUUAAAAAACUCCGCUUGAAUAUGGAUAUCAAAGUCUCUUACAAGCAUAAAGGUGACCUCUACCAUUACAAGAUGACAGAGAAGAAUUUCCUUGGGAGGCCAGUAGAGGUGCCUUUCAAUGAUGAUCUUGUCGUCCUAAGUACGGGACAAAACAAUGGCUUGGCUACAGUGCAUGUAAAAACUGUGUUUCACAAAACCAGUACCUCUGAGGAAAUUUGCAGCUUCCAUCUGAAAAUUGAAACCCAGAAAAUUGAAGCCACCAGCUACAGCAGCUCAGAAUACAAGCGCAUAGUGGCAUGUGCCAGCUACAAGCUCACCAGUGAAGAGUCAUCAUCUGGGUCCUCCCAUGCGGUGAUGGAUAUCUCUUUGCCUACUGGAGUCAAUGCAAACCCAGAAGACUUAAAAGCUCUUGUGGAAAGGGUGGAUCAACUAUUAACUGAUUAUGAAAUCAAAGAUGGACAUGUUAUUCUGCAACUGAAUUCAAUUCCUUCCAAUGAGUUCCUUUGUGUUCGAUUCCGGAUAGUUGAACUUUUUCAAGUUGGGUUUCUGAGUCCUACUACUUUCACAGUGUAUGAGUACCACAGACCAGAUAAACAGUGCACCAUGUUUUAUAGCAUGUCCCAUACCAAACUUCAGAAAGUCUGUGAAGGAGUAAUGUGCAAAUGUGUCGAAGCUGACUGUGGACAAAUGCAGACAGAACUGGAUCUGACAAUCUCUGCAGCUACUAGAAAAGAAACAGCAUGUAAACCAGAGAUUGCAUAUGCUUAUAAAGUUAAGAUCAUAGCCACCACUGAAGAAAGUGCUUUUGUUAAGUAUACGGCAACCCUCCUGGAUAUCUACAAAGCUGGAGAAGCUGCUGCUGAGAAAGACUCUGAAAUCACCUUCAUUAAAAAGACAACCUGUGUUAACGCUGACCUGGAAGAAGGAAAACAGUACUUAAUUAUGGGUAAAGAGGCCCUGCAGAUAAAAUACAAUUUCCGUUUCAAGUACAUCUACCCGUUAGAUUCCUUGACCUGGAUUGAAUACUGGCCCACAGACACCGGCUGUCUAUUAUGCCAAGCAUUUUUAGCGAAUCUAGAUGAGUUUACUGAAGACAUCUUUUUAAAUGGCUGUGAAAACGCCUGAAGAAGGUCAGCUGCAUCCAGUUUUCACUACGGACUCCUGUUGAAGUUUCUCCCUUUUUUUUUUUCCCAGCGUUCACAGCUGGUCUUAUUUGGAGAGCUCACUCUACUUAGAAUUAGGGACACUUGCUUUUAUUAGAGAACGGUUUUAAGAGCAGUAACUCUCUGAAAUAACAUGUCCUUGGGGGGCAUGGAGACAGACACUCAUUCCAAGGUUAUUGGACACCAGAAGCAAUAAAUUGGAACCCUCCUAAAACCUACCACUCAGGAAUGUUUGCUGGGGAUGAAAGAAUAGCCCCAUUGAAAUGUAGUAUCUUACAAAAACAUGGCCUUUGCUUGAAAGAAAAUACCAAGGAACAGAAGACUGAUCAUUAAA